AUGACGCCACCCCCUAUCAAGCACAAAGCGUUGCUCAAUGUCGACCUAGGAGAAGCUUAUGGCAACUUCAAGUGCGGACCUGACGAUGAGAUCAUCCCGCUCAUCGACCAUGCGAAUAUGAUGGACACAGUGAAGAAAUGCAAGGAGCACAACAUCAAAGUCGGGGCACAUCCAGGCCUCCCAGACAUACUAGGCUUUGGCCGACGAGAGAUGGUGCUCGAGCCUGAGGAGCACACUGCCAACAUCAUCUACCAAGUUGGCGCCCUCAAAGCAUUCCUUGACGCAGAGGGCGUGCCUCUGCACCACGUCAAGCCCCACGGUAAGCUCUACGGCAUGAUGUGUCGAGACUAUGACAUCGCCGUGGCUGUUAUGCGCGGCAUCCCUAAGGGCAUCCCCGUCUUUGGUCUGGCCGGAACGAACAUGGAGAAGGCGGCGAACGAUCUCGGCAUACCAUUUUGGGCAGAGUUCUAUGGUGACGUGAAAUAUACGAAAGACGGCAUGCUGGUGAUCGACAAAAAGAAGAAGCCGUGGAAGCUGGAAGAUGUGAAGCAGCAUGUAAGUGAUCAGCUCAACACACAGUCUGUGGUCGCAGUGGAUGGCACCAGGGUGCAACUGCCUGUCAAGGACUAUCCGAUCUCGAUCUGUUGCCAUUCGGACUCGCCUGGUUGUAUGGAGAUCAUACGGACAACUAAACAGAUCAUCGAUGAUUUCAACAAGGAGCACGGUAGAUGA